GCGAGAAACAAUCAAACAACCACAAUCUGAAAGGCACUGAGCUCAGAAAGAUAGCCAAAGUCACAAUGUUCGCCCUUUAUCUCACAGCCGAGCUCAACGGAGUCACAAAUCUCCGCCCCGAUGAUAGCGAGGGUAACCCCUUCUGGUACACCUUCAAAGUCCAGUGCACAUCCUGUCGCGAAGUUCAUGACAAGACCGUCGGUGUCAACCGCUUUGACGAAAAUGAAAUGAGCGGUAGCAGAGGCGAGGCCAACUUUGUCUGGAAGUGCAAGAACUGCAAGCGCGAGUCUUCCGCUUCCGUGAAGGCCGCCCCAGCUUCGUAUGAACAAGGCGAGCCCGCGAAGCAGCAAAAGAUUCUCGAGUUCGACUGCCGUGGACUCGAGUUUACCGAGUUCAUCCCCGAAGGCGACUGGCUCGCUGACGGCAUUGAUUCAAACAGCAAGUUCUCUGCCAUUGAACUUACGGACGGCGAAUGGUAUGACUACGACGAGAAGGCAGGAGAGGAAGUGAGUAUUAAGGAUCUGAAGUGGGAAGUCAAGCGCGCUUGAAGAGGUUUGGUGAGGGUUCGGUUUACGGAGUACCCUAGUAUAUCGCAUGGCGUCCGGUGUGACUUGGGGUUCGAUGCGGUAUGGCGGAUGUGGGACAAAAGUAUGGCGCGUGGUUUCUGGCAUUCAUAAGCUCUUUAGUCAUUAUCAAGGCAUAUCGCCUGCAUUAGCACGGACGAAGCGAUGUUUACAGCAC